GCGGGGCGGGGCGGGGCUCCGGCGUCACGGACUCUGGCGUGGCUGAACCUGCCGGCGUCCCGUGUCCGGCGCCCAGCGGGCGCGGGAUCCGACUCUGGCGGGAUGGAGGAGGGCGGCGUGGUCGACUCGCUCCUCUCCGGAGCUUGUGUGCUCUUCACCCUCGGAAUGUUCUCCACCGGCCUCUCGGACCUCAGGCACAUGCAGAUGACCCGGAGCGUGGACAGCGUCCAGUUCCUGCCCUUUCUCACCACGGAUGUCAACAACCUGGGCUGGCUGAGUUACGGGACCUUGAAGGGAGAUGGGACGCUCAUGUUCGUGAACGCCGUGGGUGCCGUGCUGCAGACCCUGUAUAUCUUGGUGUACCUGCACUACUGCCCUCAGAAGCGCGCCGUGCUCCUACCCACAGCAUCGCUGCUGGGGUUCCUUGUCCUGGGCUAUGCCUAUUUCUGGCUCCUGGUGCCUGACCCCGAGGCCCGGCUUCAGCAGCUGGGCCUCUUCUGCAGCGUCUUCACCAUCAGCAUGUACGUCUCACCGCUGGCUGACCUGGCCAAGGUCAUUCAGACCAAAUCAACAAAACGACUCUCCUUCUCACUCACAAUUGCCACCCUCCUUACCUCUGCCUCCUGGUCCUUCUAUGGGUUUCGACUCCGAGAUCCCUACAUCAUGGUGCCCAACCUUCCAGGAAUCCUCACCAGCUUUAUCCGCUUCUGGCUUUUCUGGAAGUACCCACAGGAGCAAGACAGGAACUAUCGGCUCCUGCAGACCUGAAGCAGCUCACCUCACCCCUUAUCGCCAGCCGGAUACCAAAGAGAGCCCCUUGGUGCAGCCGGCCCUCUGACCCGCUCUGUGGGUGCGGCGGGUUGUGGGGCGACGGCUACUUUGCAGUCAGAGGGCUCAACGAAAGAGCUUUACUGAGACGCUCAGGUGGGACCCGGGAGAUGAAUCACGUUUAUUUUUUAAGAGAAAUUAC